GACGGGCGAGUGGGCGAGCGGGCCUGGGCCGGCUGUCGCCGCCACUGCUGCUGCUGCUGCUGCCCGCGGACCGGCACCUGGAGCUGUGGGCGGCCGCCCUGUGUCCUCCCGCCGCCGCCGCCGCCACCAUGCCGGGCAUCGACAAGCUGCCUAUUGAGGAGACGCUGGAGGACAGCCCGCAGACAAGAUCAUUACUGGGUGUAUUUGAAGAGGAUGCUACAGCUAUUUCCAACUACAUGAACCAGUUGUAUCAAGCUAUGCAUCGGAUUUAUGAUGCACAGAAUGAAUUAAGUGCGGCAACACACCUGACUUCAAAACUUUUAAAAGAAUAUGAAAAACAGCGGUUUCCCUUAGGAGGUGAUGAUGAAGUUAUGAGCUCUACUUUACAGCAGUUUUCAAAAGUUAUAGAUGAGCUUAGCUCUUGUCAUGCGGUUCUUUCAACUCAACUUGCUGAUGCCAUGAUGUUCCCUAUUACCCAGUUUAAAGAAAGAGACCUGAAAGAGAUACUGACAUUAAAGGAAGUGUUUCAGAUUGCCAGUAAUGAUCAUGAUGCUGCAAUUAACAGAUACAGCCGAUUGUCAAAAAAGAGAGAAAAUGACAAGGUGAAGUAUGAAGUAACAGAAGAUGUCUACACUUCCAGAAAGAAACAGCACCAGACGAUGAUGCAUUAUUUUUGUGCAUUAAAUACUCUUCAGUAUAAGAAGAAAAUAGCAUUGUUAGAACCUCUGCUUGGGUACAUGCAAGCUCAGAUAAGUUUCUUUAAGAUGGGUUCUGAAAAUCUCAGUGAGCAACUGGAAGAAUUUUUAGCUAAUAUUGGAACAAGUGUCCAGAAUGUCCGCAGGGAAAUGGACAGUGACGUGGAAACCAUGCAGCAGACGAUAGAGGAUUUGGAAGUAGCCAGUGAUCCCUUAUAUGUGCCUGACCCAGAUCCCACCAAAUUUCCUGUUAAUCGAAACUUAACCCGAAAGGCUGGAUACCUUAAUGCUAGGAAUAAAACAGGCUUGGUGUCAUCUACCUGGGACAGACAGUUUUACUUCACGCAGGGUGGAAACUUAAUGAGUCAAGCGCGUGGGGAUGUUGCAGGCGGUCUGGCCAUGGACAUAGACAACUGUUCAGUGAUGGCUGUGGACUGUGAAGACAGGCGAUACUGCUUUCAGAUCACCUCGUUUGAUGGGAAAAAAUCUUCAAUUUUGCAAGCAGAGAGUAAAAAAGACCACGAAGAGUGGAUCUGCACAAUAAAUAACAUAUCUAAACAAAUAUACUUAACUGAAAAUCCAGAGGAAAUUGCUGCCCGAGUAAAUCAGUCUGCUCUGGAAGCUGUCACUCCUUCCCCAUCUUUCCAGCAGAGGCAUGAGAGCCUGCGGCCAGCAGGACAAUCUCGACCACCGACGGCUCGGACCAGCAGUUCAGGAUCCUUAGGGUCUGAGUCAUCAAAUUUGGCUGCCCUCUCUCUGGAUUCUCUUGUUGCCCCGGACACCCCAAUUCAGUUUGACAUAAUUUCUCCUGUGAGUGAAGAUCAGCCUGGCCUGGCAAAAAACUCUGGCCAGGGAGGCAGGCGUACAAAUCCAUUUGGAGAAUCUGGAGGAGGUACAAAGUCUGAAAGUGAAGAUUCUAUUCUUCAUCAGUUAUUUAUUGUUCGAUUCCUUGGUUCUAUGGAAGUGAAAUCAGAUGACCAUCCAGAUGUUGUUUAUGAAACUAUGCGCCAAAUCUUAGCUGCCCGGGCCAUCCAUAACAUCUUUCGUAUGACAGAAUCCCAUUUAUUAGUCACUUGUGACUGUUUAAAGUUAAUUGACCCACAGACACAAGUUACACGGCUCACGUUUCCAUUACCCUGUGUAGUUCUGUAUGCUACACACCAGGAGAACAAGAGACUUUUUGGAUUUGUUCUUCGGACAUCAGGAGGGAGAAGUGAAAGUAAUCUGUCAUCAGUUUGCUAUAUUUUUGAAUCAAACAAUGAAGGGGAAAAGAUUUGUGAUUCUGUUGGAUUGGCAAAACAAAUAGCUUUGCACGCUGAACUGGAUCGUAGGGCAUCAGAAAAGCAAAAAGAAAUGGAGAGAGUAAAAGAGAAGCAACAGAAAGAACUUAGUAAACAAAAGCAGAUUGAAAAGGACUUGGAAGAACAAAGUCGUUUAAUAGCUGCUUCCAAUAGACCAAACCAAGCCAAUAGUGAGGGGCAGUUUGUUGUCCUGAGCAGCAGCCAGUCAGAAGAGAGCGACUUGGGAGAAGAAGGAAGGAAGAAAGAAUCAGAAGCAUAGACUUUCUCUUGGUUUUUGAUUGGUAUUUCCUCCCUUGGAGUUGGUCGAUUUCUGUGGUGAAAUGGCACAAGGUAACAACCAUGUUGAAGUAUCAAGAAGGAGACUAAGCUUUAUAUUUCUUCAUUUUAACUUCAUUUUUAAAAUAAGCUUGAACUUGAUAACUUAGGUGUGAUUUUUUUCCCCCUAAAAAUAACAUACUAUGCAUUAACAUGAAAAAUUCUACAUGUUAAAAAGAAACUCACUUAUCUCCGUAAAUAGAUUGCUGGGGAAUUAAACUUAAGUGUUUUUCCUUCAAGUUUUGAACUUAUCUUGCACUGUAAUUGAUUAUGAACAUAGGAAUAAUUUAUUCUUCAGGUUCAGAUAUUCAUGGAUGUGCUCCCUCUUUUCAUUGGGAGUGUUUUGCUGGUAGUAAGGAAGCAUUCAGUUAAACCCUUUAUACAGAGAAGUCAAUGAAUUUGCAAAUAUUUUACAAUAUUAAAUGUGCAAUAGAACUUUUUAGAAAUAGAGAUUUUAGACUGAAGGUUUCAGAUUACAGCUGGUGGCAGUGUUGAUCUGGGGCACUGUUCUGGGUUGCUCAUGUUUCUCUUAGGUUCUACGCCUGAUGCCAGCAGGAAAGAAGUCGGACAGACGGUGACGUUGUAUUAUCACUUCUUAGUUCUCAGGUUGGGACUUCAACUAUUGCUGCAGAGCGGUAAUGGUUAAGAUAAGAUGUGAGUUUAUUAAAAGGCUUUUUUUCUGUUGUUAAAAUACGUUUUAGAGUAGGACUGACACUCUUAUAGGGUAAUGCAUUGUAAUUUUUUGCAUUGUAGGGAAUAAUUUUUAUUGAUAAUCAAGUGUUGUUUCAAAAAAAGUUCUGUAACACUUAUGUUUACUGUGUAAAGGAAAAAUUUCCAGAGUUUAGUUUGUAAAAUCUUUCAUAAUUUCAGGCUGAUAUUCUCCAUAUUUUCAUAACCCUAUAUUUAGAUAAAGUACUAAAUCAAAUCAUGUUAUAGCCACAAAGCCAUGUUGAGAGUAGAACAAAUUGCACUAAUUAUGGUAAAUACCUCUGAUCUGCAAAUGAGUAAAAGGUCUUAAUUUCAUGAAAGGAUUAAAAAGGAAAUGAAUGGUAUAAUAUAGGAAAUGUAGACCAAGGAAGGAUUUUAGCCUGGUGCCAAGGUUAAAGUGCCAUUUCUGUGUUGCCGGUCUUUGGUCAAAACUUGAUUUCUUUGAUUUUUAUUGUUGUUGACAAAUUAUGCUCGUGUGUCUCAUUUAACUUCUAUAAGAUUAGUAUGCUAAAAUAUUUUCCAUAGACAUAUUUACACAUUUUCCAGAGGUUAAGUUACUAAGAUUAAUUUUACACGAGAGUCUUUUCUAGUUUUUUCAGUUUGGAAUGGCAUUCGUGUCAGGUCUCAGAAUAUACUUGGUUGUCUCAAGCUUUGUUAUACAUUGUUUUCUGUAGGAGUGGAGUAAUUUUAUGUGGGAUUUUUUUUUUAACCAUGUGCCAAAUGGGAAGAAUAGUUAAUAAAGCUCUACAUACUUACAUGGAAGCUGUGGUCCUACCCAGAAGGCGAUCAGCACUAGAAAGGAUUAGAACUUAACUCUAGCCUGCUAACGAAGGAUAGCACUUGGCUAUGAUGUAAAGGGUGCUGGAAGAUUUAGGGAUGCAAGACAAACCUUAGUCCUUUUUAGUUGUUUGCUUAUGGAUUUCCCAUACAUCAGACCAAAAUGUAUUCCAAUGCCAAAUAAAAGUUAAGUAAAUACAAGAUGCAGCUUCUAUUCCAUUACCAUUGAACUACUGGACUAAGCUCUCCUUUUUUGUUUAUGAAGAUGGCUGCCUGUGAGUUCCUGCCUACUGUUAAAGAUGAGCUUGUUCUAUUAUCUGGGUGAUUGGAUUAGAUUGGGGAUGUCUUUUCCUAUCUCAACCUUAAUGCUUUUUUUUUUUUAAAUUACACAACUUUUAAAGAGUAACCAAGCUUGCCGAGUUCUGUACAUUCUAUGUGAACAGUGCUUUUGUAACUAUGGUAGUGAAGUCAGGAAGCUGUCUUUUGCUUCUCCAUUUUACCAUUUUAAAAAAACAUGGUAACAAGGAGCUAAAGCUUUACCUUGAACAGAUUGUUGCAUCUGCCAUGAUUGAAUUUUGAAAGAAUUAGGCUCCGAAGUGUGGAGGAGAUAGAGUUGUUUCCAUUAUGCUUUGGAAAAGGACAGUGGGAUGCACAUGGCAUUUGAGGUUUUACAUAAGGACCACUUGAAAUCAUCUUAUAAAUGAUAGACCCUUACAACUAACAUUGUAAAACCCUCUGCUACCUGAAUAAAAUGAAAAUAUUAAUGUUGGUUUUGGUAACAGCUUCUUAUCAUUUAAUUAUACCAGUUGUAGCAAGCAAGCUCUUCAUUUUUAGCAAGUUCGGUUUUACUCUUUUAAAUUUUUAUGUAUAAAUGAACAAAGUUUCAAAACUGGAACCCUAUUAUACUUUUUAAAAUAUCGUGUGGUUGGUCAUUCAGUUAAUGAGAACUGGGGGGUGAAAUUAUAACUAAUGUGCAAAAUUGUAUAUUUGGUGAUUUUGUAAUGUAAGUGAAUUAGUUAAUUCUUAAUUACACUAUUAAUCUUGCAGUAUACAACUAAAAAUGAUGCAACAUUUCCCUUAAGAUUGAAUUUCAAGGACUCAACUUUGUGGAGAACUUAUUUUUUCAUUUUGUCAAAAUAGGUAUUUACUGAUAGCAAGACUUCAAGAAAUACAUUUAGAUUUUUAAUGUAUAAUAAAAUCCAUGAAUUUUGUACAGUC